AUGGUAUUCAACAGCGUGAUGCUAAUUUCAGCUGCCAAAAAAUCAGCUGAAGCUUGGCAGCAAAUGGCCUGUAUUGAUGAGAAUCAAAGGAUUGAUGGUCAGCAAAUGGUGGAUCUGGUCCUCUGUUUCCCUCUCCAACAGCUUGGCCAUCUUCUUCUUUACCUUUGGACUUUCCUCUGUGUGCCACCGCACCCAACUUACUAUGUUUCUUCAUCUUAUUAUGAUGACGACGACGAUGAUGAUGAUGGUAAUUCUGAUGAUGAAGAUGGAGAGGGCUUUAGAUACGUUUACUAUAGCCAAGCAAGCCCAGAUGAUGACUCUUCUUCCGGUUCUGAUUAA